AUUAUUUUUGAUUGUAUGUCAGUAGUAAGGUAUAUAGACGAUUUUCAAUCAAUCAAUCCAGAAGGGUUACAUGGUUACAUCAGAAUUUUACAAAUUUUUUUUUGCGGCAUUUGUACAGACUUAGACUAGACGCAAAACAUAAAACGUGGAUAGUAAACUUCAAAAUAAAACGAAUAGUUUUCGUGAGAAAAUCGUACGCCAUGAGUCACUUUAGUGGGGUUUUACAGCUCACGGAUUUGGACGAUUUUAUUACCCCGUCUCAAGAAUGUAUAAAACCUGUGAAAGUUGAAAAGAAGGUUGCAGGGAGCCGUGGCGGGGCUAAAAUUCAAAUAGAGGAGGACGGGUCUUACAUAGAAGAAAAUGAUUUAGGAGAAAAGAAGAAAUUAGAGAAAGUUUCUGAUUCCUUUAGAUUAAUAUUGCAUUUUGUAGGAUGUAUUACUUCGGCAGAGACAAUUCUGAUUGAGCAGCAAAGUAAUCAGCAAAUUUACAAAAUUCUCAGAGAAAAAGAAGAAAAGAAAGAUGAUCCUCCUUUUAUAGUUUUCAGUGUUGCUAUCCAACCCAUCAUAUCUCUCAGCGCUAGAUAUAAACUUACUCCUGAGGUGACUGCCAGAAAACUUGUCACAUUUUUCAAGAAACUUGGAGCGGAUUUGGUUUUAGAUCUGAAGAUUGCUGAAGAUUUAUCUAUCCUAGAACAACAACAGGAGUUUCUAAACAGAUAUAGAGAGAGGAAGGAGGGACAAAAACAUCCUGGUCCUAUUCUGAGCUCAAGUUGUCCUGGGUGGAUUUGCUACGCAGAAAAGACGCAUGGAUCCUGGAUUCUUAAUAACAUUUCUAGGUAUACACUAAACAACAUAAUUGCAAAUCUUAUAGCGUUUCCGACACUAAAAAAUCACCCUAAACUGGAGGCAUCUCGGGAAGAUUUUUACUCUGAUGUGAUUGAAUGUAGAGAUGUGGACUGCGUGGUCACAUCAUUAGAAAUACAGGAAAUGAUCGAAAAUGAAGAUUUCAAGGUGGAUUUUCAGAGUCUAGAAGAAACAGACCUGGACACCCUGGUCCCUGGUCCUGCAGAGUUAAUAGUUAAUACAGGUUCCGGCUCCGGAGGAUACUCAGACCACGUGUUUAGAGCAGCUGCUGGCCAGAUCUUUAGUAAGGAAAUCUCCAGUAUUCAGUACACUACUCUUAAAAAUCAGGAUUUUAUGGAAGUAUCUUUGGAACAGGAUGGACGUGUCUUGCUGAAGUUUUGUAUAGCAAAUGGAUUUAGAAACAUUCAAAAUUUAGUUCAAAAGAUGAAAAGAAAGCGAUGUGAUUAUGAUUUUGUUGAAAUUAUGGCUUGUCCGAGCGGUUGCUUGAAUGGAGGUGCUCAACUAAGACCUGAAGGUGAGCAGACAAGCAAGGAACUCAUAACCUGGCUCCAGGAGCAGUAUACAAACAUGAAAACCUGUUUGCCAGAGGAGAAUGUUUUACUGAAUAAAGUCGUAUCUGCCUGGUUCCAGGGGGACCUGGAGAAACGUCAACACCACCUCUACACUGAGUACCAUGAGGUUGAGAAAAUGACGAAUGCGCUCGCCAUCAAGUGGUGAACUUCGCAAUUCAUGGUUCUUUCAUCUUAUUUACGGGUCUGUAAGCGUGACCCUUCAUUCAAGGAUGGCAGUACCCUUAAAAGCUUUGUCUGGUCAAGUAUGAUCUAGAAAAUAGAUAUCCAUGUUUUAAUUUCUUUAAACUGUUUAUUUUCAUUUGCGGUUUCUCUAAUGGAAAGUGACCGGCGCAUUAUCGGUUAUAUGAAGCAAUAGAGAAAUGAGGUCUUCCACAGUUUUAAUCAGAUUAAGGUUUCAAAUCGGACGUUGUCAUCUUUGCAUUGAGGGCCACUUGCUCUGUAUGCUAACAGUACUUUUUGUACUCAGUACUCGAAAGCCAUAAGAUAAUUCUAAGAAAUUAAAAUUAACAAUGCAAAAAGUAAAAUCCUUGUAACUACAUUAAAAGGACUGUAUUCAUAAGUUCAAGUGACUUUUUCAUAUAUGCAUAAGCAUUAAGCAUUUCUGAUUCACAACGGUACUAAUUUAACCUUUGUGUGAUAUCCUGAAUAUUGCUGAAUGAGAUAUCCUUCCUGUUAAGAUAAAAAAAACGAUAUAUGAUUCUGCUCUUUUUAGUAACAUCUUCAGUUCCUUUAAAGAGGUUGAAUUUUUUUUUAUAGUUUUAACCAACCAGAUUCGGCCAUUGUAUAUCCUAAACAGUGUUAUUAUAUUCCCAUGUAUCUGUGAUAGUUAAAAUACGUAGAAGUUUCUAGACUAUGCAAUUAUUUCAGAA